UUAGCUCUCUCUUUUAUGUUAUCUAUUUUUCAAACACUGUAUUAUUACAUUUAUCUCUCCCCUUGCCACUUUUACUAUUUGCCUCCUACUCUCUGCCUGCUUCUUAAACUAUAAAUUAACUUACCAUCACCCACUUGUUUAUAUUAUUGUUAUAUUACUUCUUCUCUCUGUUUUAAUUUCUCUCACUUUCAUAAACACAAACCCUUUCUCCUUCUUCUUCUUCUUCAACUAUUCUUUUAACAAGGAAAAGAAGAUAGAAGAAAUCAAGAAAUGAUGCAUAGGUGCAGAAGCUCUCAAGGAAACAUGGCGGGGCAAUGUUCAUGCGGGCUGUUUCAUAAUCACAGCCAAGGCAAUUCAUUUUCCAUGGCAUUUUCGAUGCCAACCUACAAAUCUUUCGAUGAAACAGACAUGUAUUCUUCUAUGUCCCCUUCUUCUGUUGAUUGUACUCUAUCUUUGGGUACUCCUUCUACUCGAUUGUGCGAAGACGAUGAGAAGCGGAUCCGCCAUGAAAGACGCUCUGAUUCUUGCGUGUCAAACUAUUAUUCGGACUUGUUGCCGACCAAAAAUGCACCUUAUGCACCACAAACGCAUAAGCCCAGCCGUGGAGCAAAUACUGUCUCCAAUAAUAACCCUGCUAAUGACCCUCUCCUCGCUCGUCGUUGUGCUAACUGUGACACAACUUCCACCCCACUUUGGAGGAACGGACCAAGAGGCCCAAAGUCUCUUUGCAAUGCCUGCGGAAUUCGGUACAAGAAGGAAGAGAGAAGAGCCACGGCAGCAAAUGCAAGCAACACAGGUGCAAGUGCAAGCGCAAGCGCCUCUGGAAUAGUGGAGGCACACCGCGCUUAUCAUAAUAAUUCGUGGGUUCAUCACGCACACACUCAAAAAAUGUCUUGUUUUUCACCGGCGAAUGAAUUCAGGUUCAUUGAAGACAGCGAUCAAAAUUCUGAAACAGGCAUUCCUUUUCUUUCCUGGAGGUUCAAUGUCACUGACAGGCCUAGUCUUGUCCAUGACUUUACCAGAUGAAAAAAAAAGUAAGGUCGACGGUCAAGAUCAUGGACGAAGCGAUGGAAGUGUGACAAUACAUAUAUUAACUUCUUGUGUAUCACGAUGAUGAUGAUGUUGAAGAUGUCUCGUCAAGUCAAAUCCUUUUUCUUUUAAGUUGUUUUCCUUUUUUCUUCGUCGGCAUACAUAGAUGGAUUGAAAAUAGGAUGACUAUAUGUCCUUAUUUUGCUUUUCUUCUUUUAAGGUUUUUAACUUUCUUUUUCCUUUGACUAGUUGUAUAAUCAAAACCUUUCUUUGAGGUAGAUGAUGAUCAUGGUGUUGUCCAUGUCGUGAUAAGGGAUGUUGAUUAUAAAAGUGCCCUUUAAUUCGUUU